UCCGCCAGUAGGUUCUCGGCGGCUCCCACGGCAGCAGGUUUUACUUUCCAGGACCAAAAACGGUAGGAGGCGGAGAGGAAGAAGAAGAAGCAAGUCGACGAGUCGUUUUCCGUUCCAGCUAAAAAUCAUCCCCCGACAAACAUCUACGAUGACGAUCGCAAGAUGCAUCAGAUACACAAUGAUGGGUCUACUCACCAUCACAUUCUUCACCAUCACUGCCGCAGUCAACGCUGUCAGACCAGAUGCACUGCAAUGUGGUCACUGUGAACCUAGUCACUGUACAGCGAUUGGCGAGUGUCAUCGAGGCAUCACAUGGGACGUUUGCAACUGUUGCGAAGUCUGCGCAAAGGACUUGAAUGAGGAAUGUGGCGGACCCUGGAAUGCCUACGGCAAGUGUGGGUAUGGUCUGACAUGCAUUAAGGAUGCCCGGGAAUGCCCAUACCUCUUUAACCCUCGUGGCACAGGAUCCGAUACUGGGUCUAAUAUCUGCGAUGAUUAUCUCUUCAACGCCAUCGGUCGCUGCGUGCAGAGCGAGAACGUCGUCGAGUCGGCCUUCAAGAGGAACCUGGUGAGGGACGUCCUCGACUUCGAAGACGACGACGACCAACACCGCCGCAGGGUCAAGGUGGCCCAGCCGCCCAAGAAGGGCAGCCUCAAAGCGGAGGCCCUCGUCGGGAAGAGGCUCAUGCUGAAGGGCGUGCUCAGAGGCGUCGAGUAUUAAGGGAGGUUCAUGGUUGUUCUUUCGGCUCCCGCUAGGAAGAGGAGGAGGCGGUGGUUCAGAAAUGCGAGGAAGGAAUUCAAAACCUGGAGGAGGAAAUUCAGAUCUGCCAAGAGGAAAUUAAAAAAUAUCACGAGGAAAUUGAAAACCGCGACAAGACAAUUCAAAACCGCGAGGCGAGAAUUCAAAAGAGGACUCGUUUUCGAUGCUCUUCUUUACUGAUUAGAGAUGUUAUAUGUCUCACUUUUCCAGCAUUCGUGCAAAAGCAUUUUCCUUUUGGUCACAGAUAACUCAGCGUAAAAUCUUAGACUCUUUUGUUACAUGCAUCUUUUCGAAUAUUAAAAAACAUAUUUAGGACAAUAGAAAUCAGAUUUUUUUUCUUUUUUUUCUUUUUAGUCCAGAAACUUUCCUCAAGCAAACACCAGACUCAUUUUCAGCCUUAUGGCGAAAACAUUCUCCUUUAGGUCACAGGUAGAGCAACAUAAAGUCUUAAAAUCUUUUGUUACGUGCAUUCGUUACAUGCAUCUUUUCAAAUACAUAUGAAAAACAUAUUUUGGACAACUCGAAUCAAUAAUUAAUGACGAAUACCCAUCUCACAAAGACUUCUAUUAUAAGUCUAGAGAAUAUCCUCGACCAAACGCUAGACUCACCAGUACAAUCGAAGUGGGAGAGGAGAGUGCAACCAUUAUUUCAUGUUCUAAAAGCAAUUAUUUAAAUGUAUGAAUAAUCGACUGUAGCGCGAACUAUCGGCUAAGAAGAUAGCCUUUACGUCAUGAAAAAAAGUGGCGGGGGGAGAUUUUCAUGUGUCAAAAGUCUCCCCUUCAGCAGAAAAGCGUAAGGAGCAAGGACCAUUUAAUCUUUUUUAGGGCGAAGUAAUCUCGAUUUGAAUAUGACUAUUAGUAAAUAUCAGGUAUCAUAUUUUCCUUUUUAUAUAUGUAUAAAACCAGGCAAACAGGAAGUUAUGUGGAUUUUGACGUAAGGAUUACUGUUUAUAACAUUUGAAAAAUUGUAAUAUAUAGCCUUGUAUAAAAAAAAUACACUCUGUCUAUGUAGCUUGCGAAAAUACACAUUUCCAUCUCA